CCGCCGCGGACUCUCCGCGGCUCACGCUGCCCGCCGCCGCUCCCGCGACUCCCGGCGGCUCCGGUGGCGGCGCCGUUGCCCUGCCCGCGCUCCUCCCGGACGCACGGCUCGGGCACUUCCCACCGCCGCGCAGCCCCCCCUCCUCCCGGGCUCCCGCGGUGGCGCGGCUCAUGCCCCCGGGCGCAGGGCGCGCAGGUGGGCCGGCCGCCGCGGGGAGAUAGGCCCCCGGGGGGACGGCGGCGGGACCAUGGCCCGGAGACCCGGGGCGCCGGCCGGCUAUGGGGAGGAGUUCACCUUCGUCAGCCCGCUGGUGAAAUACCUGCUCUUCUUCUUCAACAUGCUCUUCUGGGUGAUUUCCAUGGUGAUGGUGGCUGUGGGAGUCUACGCUCGGCUCAUGAAGCAUGCAGAAGCAGCCUUGGCCUGCCUGGCAGUGGACCCUGCCAUCCUGCUGAUUGUGGUGGGCGUUCUUAUGUUCCUGCUCACCUUCUGCGGCUGUAUUGGAUCGCUUCGUGAGAACAUCUGCCUCCUACAGACGUUCUCACUCUGCCUCACCAUCGUGUUCCUGUUACAGCUGGCUGCAGGGGUCCUGGGCUUCGUCUUCUCAGACAAGGCACGAGGGAAAGUGAGUGAGAUCAUCAAUAAUGCCAUUGUGCACUACCGCGAUGACUUGGAUCUACAGAACCUCAUUGAUUUUGGCCAGAAGAAGUUCAGCUGCUGUGGAGGGAUUUCCUAUAGGGACUGGUCCCAGAACAUGUACUUCAACUGUUCAGAAGACAACCCCAGCCGUGAGCGCUGCUCUGUGCCUUACUCCUGUUGCUUGCCUACCCCAAACCAGGCAGUGAUCAACACCAUGUGUGGCCAAGGUAUGCAGGCCCUUGAAUACCUGGAGGCUAGUAAAGUCAUCUAUACCAAUGGCUGUAUUGACAAAUUGGUCAACUGGAUACACAGCAACCUCUUCCUUCUUGGUGGUGUAGCACUGGGCCUGGCCAUCCCCCAGCUGGUAGGAAUCCUGCUGUCCCAGAUCCUUGUGAAUCAGAUCAAAGAUCAGAUCAAGCUGCAGUUCUACAACCAGCAGCACCGAGCUGACCCGUGGUACUGAGAAUCCACCCCGCACCUCCUCACUAUGGCGACAGGCCAGCCUCACCGACCAAUAGCAGUGGGUAUAGCUCUCAGCACCAAACGGAAAUUUGGAUUCCAGUUCCCCAGCGACAGCCCAGUGGGGAGAAGCCAACUCCAGCUGGGCAGAAAGCAGGGGGCACAGGUGGCUCAAGUCUAGGAAGGAUGCACCUCCCCCUCUCCUCCAUCCUAGCCCUCGGCAUUAUUAGAGUUAUUUUGCAUUAUUUUUAACCUUACACAUUUGGGUUUAUGGUUUGUUGUUGUCGUUUUUUUAAUUUUGUCUGGGCAGAGAUGUUUGGGAAACAUCAGUUGCACAGAGUCUUGGGGGUACUAGGUGUUGCUUUUCACUGAGGCACUAAACCAGUGGUUCUACCAGGGCUGAUACUUACUUAGCCUGCUGGACAUACUGAUUCCAUCUGUUGCCAGCAAGACCUGGCUGGAGAGUGGACACUAACAGCCCUACCUGGAGUCCACUUGGUAGGAUACCAGCUCCAGGAGGGAAGGGAGUGGAACAGGCAGGGAGCUUGGGGUCGACUGGGGACAGCUGUAUGUGUUGGGUAGGAGUGGAAAGCGAUACGUUUACUUAAUGCUGCCCUGCCAUCCCCCCAGGUAGUCAAAGUGAGCUACAUCCUGCCCCUCCCUCAUUUCCAUGGAAACAUGGCAGCAAGGGUAAGGGGUACAACAGCAGCCAAAUUCAUCCCUCUCCCCCACUCCACCCUUUUUUAAAAGGUCUGGAACCAUGGUCUUUAUACUCUGCAGCCAGCAGCGAUGGGACUGAGCCAUUUGUGCCCUUGAAUUCCUCCCCUCUGGCCCUCCCUCUCCAGCAAGUGGGGUUUCUUUAACCUUGGCAGUGUGCAGAGGAGGCAAGGUUAACACCCCCGCCCCCAUUACCCUGCACCAGAGCUCAGUAUUUCUACAGUGUAAGAAGCAGGGAUUUUGCUGGGGCAGGGGAGCCAGAAGGGGCAAUAAAAGUUUGUUGACCUGCGCUAAAUUGGACUCCAUGAAUUUUCCAUUCUGGCAACUAGAACGGGAGGGGUAGAAGGGCGCAGCGGGUGGGCCCUC